AUGAUGGAUUGGGACGGCUUCCAGCAGCGGGCGAGGGCAGUUGUUCCUUCGCAGGAGCUGAAACCAAAGCGAUGCUGGAUCGGCGUGCUCAACCAUGAGAAAGGUCUAGAGGAGGAGCUGGAAGGAGAUGAUUUCGUCUGGAUGAUUGGUCACAGUAAAAUACCCAUCCAGAUGAUCAUUGGAGUCUACGAGAAACGACAUGGUAACCGCGGCUUCCAGCUUAGAUUCAAAGACGUAAAAGUGGACAAGAGCGACAACGUCAGAUCAUUCCUGCGACCUGGCGACGACCUGGUUUUGUUUCUGGCGACAGAUCUUGAUACGACCUAUACACGCGUGCAGUCCUCGGAUCCGCAGUUGUUCCAAGGCAGCACCUACCUGCAAGCUGAUAUCGCAAGCCGUACACAAGGGACUACUCAUACCCCCCUUGCCUCCCGUGCGAAGGACGGAUCUGCUACAGCAGGUGCAGAAUCAUCCUCCUCCACCAGGGCGCAAAGCAUGGUCCCUCCUAUGACACCCAUCGCGAAAUAUCAAGAGAACGGCACAAUUGGUUCGCCUCAAUUCCCAUCUAACAGAGAGUCACAUGUGCCGACUUCUGGUCGAGUAGAGAGUUCAUCGAACACGGUACCUGAGCCCUUGUCAACCCAACAUGCACAAAAUGCCUCCAAGGGCGCUGCUCAACCUGCUCCAUACCAGUCACCUUAUAGCGAGCUGAAAACCGUCAUCGAUGAGCCUGCAAUUGGCCCCAAAUGGAAUGGUGUUAAAGAGGAGAGGCACUCUCCGCCGCCAUACCAGACCCCUGUUAAGGAGUCGGCCCAUCUAUUCGAUCCGGACAGCCUCUUCAAUCGCGAACCGUCCCCUCUGAGCCAGGACGAAUCGCCGCUCACAGAUCGUCAUAUCAGGACAAUCAUCGACCAGCAAAAUCCUGAUAUUCUCGAUGCAGGGGUGGCCAGAUCGAUGGUGGUUCUGGAGAAGCUGAGACAAAAGUUCCUUCAGUAUGCCUUGUUUCAUGUAGACGCGCAGUCGUGGGUAUUAGCAAUCGAAAAGCUGGUACCUUUAGCCGAGCGAAAACGCACAGUUGUUGGAGUUGUGGGCAAUACCGGAGCUGGUAAGAGUAGUGUCAUCAACGCUAUGCUCGACGAAGAACGACUCGUUCCAACGAACUGUAUGCGCGCAUGUACUGCGGUUGUUACGGAAAUUUCCUGGAACAACAGCACGGAUACCUCCUCCAAAUACCGAGCAGAAAUUGAGUUCAUUAGCCCGAAAGACUGGGAGAAGGAACUUAACGUCUUAACACAAGAGUUUCUUACUGAGAAUGGCUCUCUUUCGCGAGAAGCGUCUGAUCCAAACUCAGACGCAGGCAUUGCUUGGGCCAAGUUUCACUCUGUCUACCCCAAAUUACCUAAGGACUCCUUAGGUGAGCUUACUGUUCCCGGUCUCAUGUCCGAGAGAGGCGUUGUCAACAUCCUCGGAACCACUAAGGAAAUCUGUACGGCUAUGCCUGGCCCGUUCUACCGAGAGCUACAGAAAUAUGUCGACAGCAGAGAGAAGAUUACCAAAAGAGACAAAGAGAAGGACAAGAGCAAACAAAGAGAGAAGAAGACUUUCGAGAUGGAGUACUGGCCCUUGAUUAAAGUCGUCAAGAUUUACACUAAGAGCUCCGCGUUGUCGACAGGCGCUGUCAUCGUAGAUCUUCCAGGUAUUCACGAUUCAAACGCAGCCCGAUCUGCUGUUGCCCAAGGUUACAUGAAACAAUGCACAGGUCUCUGGAUCGUCGCUCCGAUUAAUCGAGCAGUCGACGACAAGGCUGCCAAGACCCUUCUCGGAGACUCGUUCAAGCGACAACUCAAGUAUGAUGGCGGGUUCUCAGGCGUAACCUUCAUCUGCUCGAAGACAGAUGAUAUCUCCAUCACAGAGGCGAUGGACAGUCUGGAGCUGGGAGAUGAGGUCGCGGAGUUUGAAGAACAAGAAGAUCAGUACAAGCAGCAGAUUGAGACCAUUCAGGACAAGAUCACAGAGCUAAGAGAGUCGCAAGCUGCUCACCAAUUUGGUCUUAGGAACACGGCCGACGAGAUUGAAGUCUGGGAGGGGCUUCAGGAAAAUUUGAAUGAGGGAAAUGUGGUCUUUGCGCCAUUACCCAAGACCAACAAGCGCAGGAAGGGUAGCUUGAGCAAGCAGUCUCGAAAGAAAAGGCAGACUUAUGAUGAUGAUGAUGAUGAUGAUGACGAUUUUCUUGCCUCCGAUGACGACAGAUCCGGGGAUGGCAGUGAUUUCGACGAUGAGGUGAUGUUUGAAGAGACCCGGACACGGCUCACAGAGGCGGACAUCAAAAAUAAAUUGAAAGAGUUGAGGGAAACGAAGAAGAGCGCCAGACGCGAAGGCUCGCAGAUAAAGGCCUCAAUCGAGGAGCUGAGACCGUCUAUUCGUGACAUACAGAUGAAGAUUGCUGACAUCAAGGGUCAAGUCAGCCGCAUUUGCAUUGCCGGACGCAAUGAGUAUUCAAAGACCGCCAUUCAGCAAGACUUCGCCGCCGGCAUCAAGGAGAUAGACCAAGAGAACGCCGCUGAAGAAGACGAAGAUAAUUUCAAUCCUGACGAAGAAUUGCGAGAUUAUGACAAAGUCGCGAGGUCUUUGCCCGUCUUCUGCGUCAGUGGUCGAGCAUAUCAGAAGAUGUGUGGACGCUUACAAAAGGAUGACAAUGUCCCUGGUUUCUUAACACCGGAAGAGACUGAGAUUCCACAGCUCCAAGCCCACUGUAGGAAGCUUACCGAAGGUGGAAGGAUUCAGACCUGCCGAACCUUCCUGCUUAGUCUUUGCCAGCUACUGACGACCUUCAAUUUGUGGGUAUCGGCCGAUGGUACGGACGCGAAGAUGACAGAUGACGAUAAGCGCAAGCAGGUUGAGUACCUAAAGCGAAGGUUGAAAGAAUUGGACACCGGUCUGCGGGAGGCUGUCCGAGCCUGCAUCCAGGAGCUGUGGGCAGAAAUGAAAAACCAAAUCUUCGAUAAGUACCCGGAGCUCAUAAACGACGCUAUCGAAGCUGCGCCCAAUACAGCUUCCGCAUGGGGCUAUAAAGAUAUGGGUGGCUUGGCUUGGGCGACAUAUAAAGCUGUCGUUAGGCGAAAUGGUGCCUACCAUUCUUCGACCGCCGGCCACCGUGAUUUCAACGCUGACCUUGUCAACCCAAUACUCAAGAAAUUAGCUACAGGCUGGGAGCGUACCUUCACCCGCCGCCUGCCCAGGGCUUUUGAUACCUACAUCGCGAAUUCUGGCAAGAUUCUUCAUGCCUUCCAUAAAGCCAUUGAGGAGCGAGCCCAUGAAAAUGGCGUCAGCUUAGCCAACCUCUCUAUUCUCAAGACGCAAAUCCAGACGUACGAGCAACUCUACAAAGACCUCGGGGCUGUCCUCAUAGAGCAGAUGACUGCACUGCAACGUGAAGCUAAUCGCGACUUUACUCCAACCAUCGCAAACAUCAUGCAUUCGGUUUACGAUGUCUGCGCUUUUGAGCAUGGGCAAGGAAGUUACAAGCGCAUGAAGGAGCACAUGAAGAAUCAUGUAGAACACGAGAGACAUGAGAUGUUUUACAAAGCCACUAGGACUGUGGAGAAGCAUCUUGGCCAGAUGUGCAAGGCCCUACAGAACUCGAUGGAAACCAAAGCCGAUGACAUCUUCCUGCAGAUGAAUAGGGAUUACAUGCAAGUCCUUGGCGGCGUGGUUCACCACCAACCUCUUAUGAUCCAGACCACAGAAGAGACGAAUUUGCGGUCGGAUGUCAGAGAGAUUCUGCGCGGGAUUGAAGCUGAGUUCGAACCUAUUGCGAAUGGGCAACUGGACGUGCUGGGUGGCGUGCAGAGUGAAGGACUUGUCAUGGAUACGCAGGAACCAACUAUUAUCGAAGACGAGCACGAUGGCGUGUUUGAAUCUGCCAUGGAGACUACUGACGUCGAUGCAAACGAGGACAGUUUCGUGGACGGCAACAACGACACUAUGCUAACCGAACCGACACCCCAGAAGAGCACGGACAAGGAUGCUGGUACGCAUGAUGGCGACUCGCGAAGCUUGCCUACGCCCUUUAGCGGCGACGACAUGGACGAGGGAACGUGA